CACGACUGCACGUCACUCAUGUCAGUCAUUUAACAUUUUGUCAUAUACGUUUAGGGUUUAGGUGUCAAUCAAAUACUGUAUUUUUGCGUAAAUUUGUGAUUAAAACAUAAUUUAAUAGUACGAUAGUGAUUGUUUUCUAGAUAUUAAAAAACUAAGAAUAUGUUCAUAUGGGAUUGGUUCACUGGUGUCCUAGGAUAUUUGGGAUUAUGGAAGAAAUCUGGCAAGCUACUUUUCUUAGGUCUAGAUAAUGCUGGAAAAACUACUUUACUGCAUAUGCUUAAAGAUGACAGACUGGCACAGCAUCUUCCCACAUUACACCCCACAUCAGAAGAGUUAUCAAUUGGCAAUAUGAGGUUCACAACAUUCGAUCUAGGAGGGCAUUCACAAGCGAGGAGAGUGUGGAAAGACUACUUCCCGGCGGUGGACGCCAUCGUUUUCUUGGUCGACGCCAACGACAGAUCUCGGAUGGUGGAGAGCAAGCAGGAGCUGGACUCGCUGCUCACCGACGAGACGUUGUCCAACUGUCCGGUGUUGAUUUUGGGCAACAAGAUCGACUUGCCGGGCGCCGCAUCCGAGGACGAACUCAGGAACUUCUAUGCUCUGUAUGGACAGACAACCGGAAAGGGUAAGGUGUCCCGAUCAGAUUUGCCCGGGCGACCGCUAGAACUCUUCAUGUGUUCUAUCCUGAAAAGACAAGGUUAUGGAGAAGGAUUCCGUUGGUUGGCGCAGUACAUCGAUUGAAGAUAUUUCGUUUGAUUGAAAUUUCGCGGUUUGUGCACAGGACUGUUUCAUAAAGUUUUCAGAGACUUCUGGUUCUGUUUCAUUUGAUUUGUCAAUAUUGUGUUGUCGGUCAUCAGUUGAUCGGUUAUUUACAUGUAUAGGUUUGUUUGUAAUUUUAUUCUGAUAUUUCAUUCUGGAUGUAUGAUUUAGGGAGAAUUGUGGGCCCGCCUGACUGCUUGUUGAUGUUUCGAUAUUAUACCAAAUUUAUACUGUGCAUA